UGCGAAACAGUGAGAUCAGACCGUCUGGUCAUGACGUGUUUUGCCCUCCCUUCCUCGUCCUCCCUUUUCCUCGCGCUCCCGUUUCCAUCCCAGGCAUAACAGCCCCGCCCCCCGCCCCAUCACCAGCGCUUCAGAAUCUAGUCCGAUUCCCGUAAAGUGAUCGCCCCACCCCCCGCUUUGAGAAAUGCCUCGCUUACCAUCCGCCCUCCCGCGCCUCAUCCCUCCACCACGCCUCCUCACCGCCAUCGCACACCUCCAGCACCAUCACCCAUCUUCCCACCUCCCACGCACCUCCUCCCACUUUCAGCAGCAGCAGCGGAACGUGGCUAGGGCCUUGUCGACAGCCGCGCCAGCGAAACCUGCCACAGAGGCUCCGGUGGGGAGGACUGAACGGGCUAGGCGGGCGGUUUUCUAUGUGCCAGGUAGCGAUGACCGCAAACUAGCUAAAUCACGCAAACUCGUCGCCGACAGCCUGAUCUACGACCUCGAGGACUCGGUGCCGCUGAAUAGGAAGGGCGCGGCACGGAAUGCUGUUUUUCAGGCUUUGGAGCAAUUUGAUGUGGGGAAGAGCGAGAAGACUGUUAGGAUUAAUGCUGUCGGAUCGGGGCUAGAGGUGGACGAUCUGAGUGUCGUGCUCCGAUCCCGCCACGUCGGCGCCCUAGUAGUUCCCAAAGUCCAAUCCCCAAAAGACCUCGAGUUCGUCUCAAGGAUGAUCGAUUCGAUAGCGCCGGAGGCUAGUCGAGCGAAUAUUAGGGUGCUGGCGUGUAUCGAGAGCGCGUUGGGUGUUUUGAAUAUUCGGGACAUCGCAAACGCCGACGCCCGAAUCGACGGUCUCAUCUUCGCCGCAGAAGACUUUGCAGCCGACACAGGCCUCGUCCGCACACCUUCCCGCACAGAGUUCCUGUACGCGCGGCAACGGGUCGCGACUGCGGCGAGUGCUUUUGGGUUGCAGGCUAUUGAUAUGGUGUGUGUGGAUUAUCAGAAUCCGGAUGUGCUCGAGGAAGAGUGUCGCGAAGGCCGCGAGUGGGGGUUCACCGGCAAGCAAGCGAUACACCCGAACCAGCUCGAGACUAUCCAACGGAUAUUCUCGCCAUCACCAUCAGACAUCGAACGCGCAACAAAGAUCGUAGAGGGGUAUCAAGAGCACAUGAAGAAGGGCAUUGGCGCGUUCAAUUUGGAUGGGAAGAUGAUUGAUAUGCCGGUCGUGAAGUGGGCAGAGCGCCUCCUCGCAAAAGCCAAAAUGAUGAACGAGCAAUCUGCAUAAUCUGCGCCCUCAAUUAACCCCAUAUAUAGUCCCAGAUAUCCCCCCCCCCCCCCCCCCCCC